GAAUCAUUCCUCUAAAAACGGGCUGGCUAGCUAGUUAACAAACGUACAGUGCAGAUAAUCUUCAAAUUCAUUGAUUUGCAGAAAAUCUUCUCACAGUACUGGCAAAACAUGGUUGACCAACUCCCUUACCAAAAAGGCUGACCUUUUAUACCAUCAUAAGUAGUUCUAAUUAUAUUGUGCCCUGUACCAGGAGGGACGAGGCAACGCUGCUAAGCAACGGUACACACAUGGUGUCAACGUACAACGUGAGCCAACUGUGAUUUCCAGCUAAUGCAUAUCGUUUUGGUAGUACACUAACAGCAGGUAAUCGAUUAUUUUCAACAAAGCACUUAACUUUUUAACGUAGGCGUACUUGUGUGCGACUCACUCGAUAAUAUAGCUUGCUAGCUAGGCAGUUGAUUCAAACUUCUAAAAGGAGGCUUUUAGCUAGCUACAGUACAGUAGCUAGAAUAGUUAGGUAUUGUUGCUAGGCUAGUUAGGUCAUCCAGCUAGUUAAGUAUUUAGCUACUUUUCCCACAUCAAAGCUCUGCUUUGCCUUCUCUGUUCGACGGUGUCAAAACUAGUAAGAAUGUCAACAAGCAAGGAACAAGCAGCUAUCAGUAAAGUGAUGAGUUUCCUUCAAGAGUGGGACCAUGGCAACAAGACGGUGCGCAUCCGCAUGCUGACUGUUUUUCUGACUCAAAACACUGGAAAGACUUGCCCUGAGUUAGAACUGGAAUUCGCACAGGUUGCCAGUCUCUUUCUGGCUCGGCUCACCGCCUGGAUGAGGCUGACCUACAUGUUCGGAACAUGCUUAGGUCUUCAACUGAAAGCAGUUGGCGUGUUCCUCUCUGCAGCGAGCAAUCAUCGUUAUCUCAUAGAGUUCCUGGAGGUUGGAGGGGUCCUAACCCUCCUGGAGAUCUUGGGUCAGAAACAGACAAAGGAGGAGGAUAAGGCAGAGGCCCUUCGGCUGCUUCAGAUAGUCUCAGACGCUGGACGCAAGUACAAAGAGCUAGUCUGCGAAAGCUAUGGUGUGAGAGCCAUUGCAGAGUGCCUGGCCAAGUCCAAGACAGAGGGGACCCAAGAGACUGCACGGGCCCUGCUGGAGUCCCUGGCACAUGGAAACCCCAAAUACCAGAACCAGGUGUACAGAGGUCUGAUCGCCCUGCUGACCUGUACCUCGCCCAAGGCCCAGCAACUGGUCUUGCAGACCCUCCGCAUAGUACAAGACAUAGUGAAAGCUGCCCAUCCCAGCAUCGUAGGACCUCUGUUGAAUUUGUUGAGGUCCUUGCAUUUGGAGGUGCAAUAUGAGGCUAUCGAGCUGAUCACAGAUCUGAGGCAGUAUGAGGUCAGACCGGCGCUGCUCAGGGGUCUCGUAGCGCUGCUCAAACCAGCUAUGGGGGGAGUGCAGAGACACAAGAUCCUGGAAGACCCAGAAAUGACCAAGAUGACUGAAUCCCUGCCAGUGUUUGUCCAACAAGCUGCGGCAGCCAAAGCUUUAAGGUUGCUUGCUCAGGUGAGUCAGGAGCAGUGCCAGGAACUGCUUCCUCUCAGAGUGGUGCACCAUUUGAUGUACGCUAUGGGCAACCAGGAGCACGCUGAUGCCCAGAGACAAGCCAGCCUGGCACUGGAGCACUUUGUCCGUACAUACCCAGUGGUGGAGGAGCAUGUACGCAGAGCCAUGGGCAUCAAUCUGUUUGCAGCCUUCAUGCACAAAGCUGAGACUCUCUACAUGAAGAUGGAUGAAAUCCAAGCAGAUAUCCUGCUAUCAAAUAAAGUCAACAUUUCGGAAGUUCUGGAGCACCAGAGCUCAGAAGACUGAACCAAACAAAGUACAGGCAUGCCAUUUUGUACAACAAACAUUUGAUGCUUUAUUUUAAUGUUACAGUAAAAUAAAUCAAUAAAAAGAACCAAAAGUA